GCUCAGGUCAGCACCAGACUCAGCCAGGACCAGAACGGCAAUUAGUCUGUCCGCAUUUCUCUUUGUGAUAGAAGUAAAGUUAAUUAGGAACGGAAAAGGCAAGAAAGACCUUUCUGCGUGCCUGGCACUGACUCAGAGCGGCUGGAAGAACGCAGGGCUCGAGUAGGAAGCCUGGGAAGGGGCAGCCACCUUCUGCCCCGGCUCUGCCCCAGCGUCACGGCACGGCAGCCGUUUCGCCCACCCCUGGACCGGCGUUAGGUGCGAGGGCUGUGCCCCCAGCACCGCGGGGGCUGCAGCGAGGGCGUGAGAGCCGGGGAGAUGCCCCCAGGAGCCCGGCGGGUAGGUGGGACGCGCUUCCAGGGGCGAUGGAGGAGAAUUGAGAAAGCUUUGAGCCCUUAGCGGGACAAACCUGCCGCCGGUGAGAGCCCGCCAGGCUCGCUUGGAUGGCUGCAGACUUCUUUGCAGCCAUGCCGGCAACCAACCAGGGCUGGCCCGAGGCCUUCGGGUUCAAGAUAAGCGGGACCGGUCCGUGCUACAUCCUCUGGGUGCAGGAGGGCAGCAGUGCGGCGGUGGCGGGGCUGCGGCUGGGCGACGAGGUGGUGGAAAUCGAGGGGCAGCCCGUCUCCUCCCUGGGCUGCGAGGCGCUGCUCGGGCUGGCCAGGCGCUGCGGCAACGUGCCCCCCAGCAUUGGGGUGGUCUCCCGCCUGCAGCACAUCGACAUCCCCCCUGGUCCCCGGGGAUGCUUCGGCUUCGAGCUGGCGAGCGGCAGCCCCCCGCGAGUGGCCAGCGUCAGCCCGGAGUCGCCCGCCGCUGCCGGCGGGAUCGAGGCGGGGGAUUACGUGCUGGAAGUCAACGGGACGCCGGUGAUGCUGGAGGAGGCGGCGGUCGCCUUGGUGGGGUCCUGCCACGGACGGUCCCUGCGGCUGGGGCUGCUGCGGCCGCAGCGCCGGAGCGGCACGCGGGACACCAUCCCCAGCGCCGACGCCGUGCGCCAGGAGAGGAAGCAGAAAGCGCAGGAAUUCAGCAGAAAGGUAGAUGACAUCCUCGGUGACCAGCCAGAGGUCAAGGAGAAGGUGUUCACCAUCCUGAAGCAGUACGCGGCGGAGCGGAAGGUGGAGUACUUGGCCUAUGCCCUCUGCAUGGUCCUCACCCAGGAGUCCCACCAGCAUCUGAUUGACAACAUCAGGAUUUUCAUCCCCAAGAAGCACCGGCAGCGGUUUGACGAGGUUGUGUCGCAGAGCCUGAUCAGCAAGCUCUGCCGCUCCAAGAGCGAGCAGCACAGCAAUCGGCUGCGACGCAGCCGGAGUGAAGACCACCAGGAACGGCUCCUUGUUUCCACCCGUGCCAGCUCCGUGCCCCGCAGCCACGAGGAGGCCAGCAAGAGCCUGCGGAAAACCACUUCGCUCAUCACCAGCAACGCGGCCUCGGGGGCUGCCCGCAGAACUGUGCGAGUUUAUAAAGGCAACAGAAGCUUUGGCUUCACACUACGUGGCCAUGCCCCGGUGUGGAUCGAGUCUGUUCUGCCAGGGAGCCCGGCCGAGAAGGCAGCUCUCAAACCUGGAGACCGGAUCCUAUUCCUCAACGGUCUGGACAUGAGGAACUGCUCCCAUGACAAGGUGGUGUCGAUGCUGCAGGGCAGCGGGGCGAUGCCCACCUUGGUGGUGGAAGAGGGGAUCGUCAACUUCUCCAACGACUCUGACUCUGCUGAUUCCCCGAGCACCUCCUCCGCCCUCACCUCCCUGCAGUGGGUUGCAGAGAUACUCCCCUCUAGCAUCAAGAUUCAAGGAAGGACCUUCACACAGCAGCUGGAGCACCUGCUGACUCCACCUGAACGCUAUACCAUCUGCAAAGCACUGGAAGGCUUCUUUCAACAUCGGAACAUUGACACUCUCAUUGUGGAUGUGUACCCGGUGCUGGACACACCGGCCAAGCAAGUAAUUUGGCAGUUUAUCUACCAGCUGCUGACGUAUGAAGAGCAGGAGCACUGCCAGCAAAAGAUUGCCAGGUUUCUUGGUUACAAGUCCUUGGCAGCUGAGCCAGAAGCAGAGGACCGCUACCGCAGCUCCGUUCGAGGGGCCUCCUUGUGCCGGGGAAGCCUUCGAACCCCCCGCCCCGAGGAAGGGGGGGCAGCAGGGCAGAGCGACACUGUGGAGGUCCCGGUUCGCCUGAUCCCUGGAGAGAGACAGGCUGGAGACGGCACAUCCCUCCCGGAGACGCCCAACCCCAAAAUGAUGUCGGCUGUUUACGCAGAAUUAGAAAACCGCCUGAUCGGCAGCUUUGCUGGCAAGAGGGGUAGUGCUGCCCUGCACAGAGCAUCGCCUCCUGCCCCAGAGCUGGCACACGCUGCAGGUUCUCGCAAGCCGGGGAUGGCGAUCUCGUGGCCGAGCGACCCUCUGGCUUCCCAGCAGUGCUACUACCGCCUGCACAGCAGCGUGGCCUCCCCGAGCAGCACCGAGUCCAACCCCUACGUCAGCCUCGACAGCAGCCCAGCCCCGUCCCCCAAGCACCGCGACUACCCGCUCAGCCCCCUGUCGCGACGGAAGAAGCUCUUCACCUUCUCCAGGCCCCCGCGCAGCCGCGACACCGACCGAUUCCUGGAUGCCCUCAGUGAGCAGCUGGGACACCGGGUCACCAUCGUGGAUGAUUUCCUCACCCCUGAGAAUGACUACGAGGAGAUGAGUUUCCACGAUGACCAGGGCAGCUACGUCACCAACGACGUCAGCAGCAGCGAGUACAUCAGCAGCAGCGACGAGGGCAGCUCCCUGACCUACUCCACGCUCUCGGACCACAUCGCUGCAGCGCCAGAAGUACCAGACAACAAGGCAGAGGCCACGAAGGCCAGCACGUCGCCCGCUCCCAAAUCCCUCGUCAGCCACCUGCACCCCAUCCCACCCCCGCCGCCCCCGCCGCGCCCCCCCCCGGUGCCCUGCGCGCCCCCCCUGCACCGGGGGCUGCUGCACCGCAGGAGCGAGUCCAACCACAUGAGUGUCAAGAGGCUGCGGUGGGAGCAGGUGGAGAACUCGGAAGGGACCAUCUGGGGGCAGCUCGGGGAAGACUCCGAUUACGACAAGCUGAGUGAUAUGGUCAAAUACCUUGACCUGGAGCUGCACUUCGGGACGCAGAAGCCUACAAAGCCAACUCUCAUGCCUGAAAACUUUAAAAAGAAAGACGUGGUUGAAAUUUUGUCCCACAAAAAGGCCUACAACACAUCCAUCCUGAUAGCCCACCUCAAGCUCUCACACAUCGAGCUGCGCCAGAUUCUCAUGACGAUGGAGACGGACCGCCUGGAGCCUUCCCACAUCAAGCAGCUCUUGCUGUACGCCCCGGACGGGGAGGAAGUCCAGCGCUUCCAGAGCUACAAGGAGAACCCCGGCAAGCUGAGCGAGCCCGACCAGUUUGUGCUGCAGAUGUUGUCAGUACCAGAAUACAAGAUCCGCCUGCGCAGCCUACAUUUUAAGACCACUCUGCAAGAGAAGACAGAGGAGAUCAAAGCUAGCUACGAGUGCAUCUGCAAGGCCUCCCUAGAGCUGAAAAGCAGCAAGAAGCUGGCUAAGAUCUUGGAGUUUGUGCUGGCGAUGGGGAACUACCUGAACAACGGGCAGCCCAAGACCAGCAAAACAACAGGCUUUAAAAUCAACUUUCUCACCGAGCUGAACACAACGAAGACUGUUGAUGGGAAAUCCACCUUCCUGCACAUUCUUGCCAAAUCACUUAGCCAACAUUUCCCAGAGCUCCUGGGCUUUGCCAAGGAUCUUCCUACAGUGCCGCUUGCUGCCAAAGUGAAUCAGAGAACACUAACGGCUGACCUAAAGGACCUGCACACCACCGUCAGUGACAUACAGAUGGCCUGUCACAACAUGCCAGCUACUGCGGAGGACAGAUUUGCAAUUGUGAUGACUUCUUUCCUGGAGAGUGCCCAGCCUGCCAUGCGAUCCCUGGAUGACCUGCAGCACAAGGCCAUGGAAGAAUUCAGCAAGGUGUUGUCCUUCUUUGGGGAAGACUCGAAAAUGACAACUUCUGAAGCUUUCUUUGGCAUUUUUGCAGAAUUCAUUAGCAAGUUUGAGCGGGCACUCAGCGAUGUGCAGGUUGGCGAGAGCCAGCGCAGCCCCAGGAUGACCUCCCCCCUUGCCUGGUGACGGGCCUGCAGCAAUGCGAGGUGCAACAAUUUAUUGCCAACAAAGUGCAAUUUGCCCCCAUUGAGUUUGGUUGUAAAUACGCUGCUGUCACCUGCUACCACUAAGGAGAACCAAGGACCGAAGGGUCGGGGCAGUUUGGACACUGAAAAGGCACCACAGGUGAUAGUGGAUGGAUGCGAGGGUGAGGCACAGGGACAUGAAGGUAAACACUGCGCUGGUCUUGACAGCAGCUUUCUUGGCAUCCUCCACUUCCAGCAUAUUACUGAGUCAAGGAUUUCAGACACAUCUGGCUAAAACCUCACUCUCCUGUGUUUCCAGAACACGUAUAACUGGCACCAGCAGUUGCUGGAGACCUUCCCCACAGCCAGUACCCAAGCAUGGUUGUGCAGGGAGUCAGCCCUUGCAGGAUAUAACUUUCCCCAGGCAGGCACUGCUCAUCCCUGCCAGCCUCAGGGCCGGGGUUAGAGCACAGCCACGGACUCCCUGGGGAGGCAGAGCAGGUCAGGCGAGGAAGGGAGCAUGGGGGGACAAGGACUGCCGCCAGCACCUGCUCCCCCGGGACCCUGAGGAGCAACGCUGCUGAGCCCCUCUCAAAUCCCUCUCGAAGCCCUUCUCGCCUGGAGCUCCACCUGAACAGACCCUAACAGAGAGGUUGCCAGAGGUGGCCCAGAGGCUUUAAUCCCCUGCCGUUGCCAGCUAGUGUCAAUGGAAAGCAAUAUGACGUUGCAGAACCCUUCUGGCAUGUCCGUGUGGUCCCACAUACAGAUCCAGUCUGGUUCUACCCAGCUGUGCUGGAGAGGACGGAAAGCCCAGAGUCCUUCCCGGCUGUCAGCUUUGCUUAAAGGUGUGGCAGAGACUGGCAGGUCUUGAAUUCUUCCCAAGAGUUUCACAUCAUCAGCAGUAGACUUAUUUGAACUCGCCAGGAGACAUAAAUCCUUGAGUGUUUUGGUGCCUCCUUGGAAAGUACCAAACCCUCGGUAGCCUAAAAGUGAGUGGGAGUCCUCUGCAGCCCCGAGUACCGCUCCCGAAGCACAGCAGAGAGCAGCGAGAAACACAUCCCCUGCCGUCCUUUAUUCACUCGGAGGGCUGAAGUCCUGAGAAUCCCUUUACUGUAUGACCAGUGGUUCAUGCUGAAUAUACCCAGGGAACUCUAGAAGCAUGCACGUCCAUCUUUCAACAACGUCUGAUUGUUAUUUAGAUGACUUAAUUCUCUCCGAGAUGUCCCCUGGGACAAAAGGGCUAGCAGCAUCCCAUGGGCAGUGCAUGUGCCUCCGGGCGACGCAGUGCCCCGAGAGCUUUACAGCAGCAAACCUACAGUGCGUUAAUAUUGUGAGGCAUUACUCUGUGCAAAACGCAUCCGUUGCCUUUCAAACCCGAUGCUCCAACAUUGUGCCCUGUGGAAGCACUCCAGCAAGCCGUAGCGUAGGUAACCUUCCUCCCGCCUAUUGCCAGAGCAAGAGCUCUUACUGAAGCCUCUGCUCAAGUACAGAAUCACCAACUGGUGCAUUAUUUAUGGGAGACCUUAUGACCAUCAAAUCUUUGGGUUUUCAGUAUUUUUUUAAACCCCGCUGUAGAAAGUGAAGUAUCUUUUCACAAGCGUUCUCAGUUUAUACAGCUUCAAGUGCCAGGUAGUUUCUAGCGUUGUGUUCCCAGAGGUCUGGCCCCGUCUGUCUCUGCCUCUCCUCUGCCCCAACGGUGGUGACAGGGCAAUGCUCACUCAGCUCCUCUUUCUGUUUUGGAUGUUGCACACUGCAUUCAGUUGAUUUUUUUUUUUUUCUAAAAACAUAUUCAAUAUUUAAACCACUGGAGGUUCUUCUGAAACUGUCAUUACAAAUGUGAAAAUGCUGUACAUAGAUUUUGCUACAUGUUGUAACUUUCCAAAAUAUUUAGAACUCCAAUCCCUUUGGUAUUUUUAUGUGAAUAUUUUCAAAGAACCAGAACUUCUGACACAUGGUUAUUAUUUGAUAAUGGGACUAUGUAUAUUCACAAUUCAGUCUCUACCCAAUGCCUAUGUGCUAUUCCUAAAAUAAAGCUACUGCCUUCUGCCUCAUGA